UAGUCGUUGGCAAACAACAUAGUACUGCCGGUAGGAGUAAGUAGGCGAGGCUGAUAAAUUAUUUGGAUACAAAGAGGAAGUAACUUAAGCCUAACCUUUAAUAAUUUCAAAAUUACCGUUAACAUAGCCAAAGUUUUGACGAAAAACUUAGAAUAAGUGUAAUUAUUAUAAUAUUUGACCAAAAAAAGUGAGACUGUGUACAUAAUAACAAUGACAGAACAACAGUUAGACUGUGCUCUGGAUUUGAUGAGAAGACUUCCACCACAACAAAUAGAGAAGAAUCUAAGUGACCUUAUUGAUCUGGUACCCAGCUUGUGUGAAGAUCUCUUGUCAUCAGUUGACCAGCCUCUGAAAAUUGCUCGUGAUAAACAAGUUGGAAAGGACUAUUUACUGUGUGAUUACAACAGAGAUGGAGACUCGUACAGAUCUCCUUGGAGUAACACGUAUGACCCCCCAUUGGAUGAUGGAGCCAUGCCAUCUGAACGACUACGGAAGUUGGAGGUGGAUGCAAACCAAGCUUUUGAUCAGUACAGGGAAAUGUACUUUGAAGGAGGAGUUUCGUCAGUGUACUUAUGGGACUUGGAUCAUGGGUUUGCAGGGGUUAUCCUUAUCAAAAAGGCAGGAGAUGGGUCUAAAAAAAUUAAGGGAUGUUGGGACUCAAUUCAUGUGGUAGAAGUCCAGGAAAAAUCAAGUGGUAGAAGUGCUCACUACAAACUGACCUCAACAGCCAUGUUAUGGCUUCAGACCAAUAAACCUGGGUCAGGUACCAUGAACUUGGGAGGAAGUCUGACCAGACAAGUCGAACUUGAUGCUGCAGUCAGCGAAGCUAGCCCUCACAUUGCCAAUAUUGGAAGAAUGGUUGAGGAUAUGGAAAACAAAAUAAGAAACACACUGAAUGAAAUCUACUUUGGAAAAACCAAAGACAUUGUAAAUGGACUGAGAAAUGUACAGCCCUUGUCGGACCAGAAACAACAGGCUGCCCUCAGGAAUGACCUAGCUCAGGCUCUUCAAAAACGCCAAGCCAAGGGCGAGAACUGAGUGUUGUCUUUUUUUCUUUUUUUUUUUUUUUUCUAAAUACUUGCUGAUACUGACUUGUCAGAAAAAUUCCUGUCGCCUAUCUUGAUUUUUGAGGAUAAUGCAUCAUCCUCAGAAGUAUCGCUAUCGGGAAAACAAAUGUAAUCAAGAUAUUUAUUGGCAGAAAUCUUGGUCUGUACAUUCUUUUUCUUGCUGGUUUUGUUUUCUUUCUGCAAUCAGUAAUUAAAUUCUGACAAAGAUUAGGAUGAUCAAUUAGAGACAGUUGUGUUAUUUGAAAAACUGUUAAUAAAAAAAGGAGCCGAGUUUCGGUUACAGAAUUAUUAAUUGGAAUUUGCACUUAAAGCAGUAAACCUAAAAUUUUGUAUUAGUUUUGUUAAUGUUUAUCAUUCAUACUAUUUACAUUAAAAAGGGGAAAAGAAAUCAGGUGUAACAAUUCUAUAAAUUGCAUAAAUAAGACAUUUGCUUUAGUAUUUUUAAAACUUGCUUUGGAAAACGAGAAAAAAACCUCUUCUAAGAAGCUAUAUGGGCAAUACUUGUAGUAUAUGUAAUUGUAUAACUGCUAUACAAGUUUGUUAGAACUUUGAGAUCUUGAAAUAUAUACAUACAAUUUAAACUGUAUCAUACAGUAUGAUUGAUGAUGUGUAACAUAUUCCAACAAUUGGUUUUUAUUCACUUCUUUGAUGUUUUUUUUUUUUGUUUAGAAUAUAUUUACUGCUAACACUAGAUUGAAUAUUUGAAGAAAGCAACUCUACGUUUUUUUCAAUACAGUAUGUUAAAAUAAAUGCCAGAUAAUUAUAAGUCAUUACCAUGUGUAGAUGGAGGUUAUUAGAGAAAUAAAAAUGGCAUGAGAUGAA